CUAGCCACUGUCACUGUCGUGCAUCGUCGUUGCCUCCCACGCUCCCAGCACUCCCGCGGACUUCCUAUCGAUAAGCCCGAGCUCCAAGCUGUCGUCGCCAACCUCCCGCCACGAGCUGCGCUCGCUGCCAGACAUGAGCCCGGAGCGCCAUGUCGACGACGAUGAGGGCGCGCCGCCUCAGGUCUACCGCGACCAUGACCUCAUUAGUAUUGAUCCAGAGGACGCUGUAGUCGUGGACCCUGCCGAGUCCUCCGCCGAAGAAGAGCGCCCUCCGCAAGAUGCGCAUCGUGCCAGCAGACACAUCCCACCACGCCUGGAGCAUGCUUGGGGCUCUGUAAAGACCUGGGUGAAGGGGCCGCAGCCUUCGCGGCCCUGGAGUAUCCAUCCGUUCCUGCCCAAGAUCCAGACUGCGCCCAUCCGCCUCGUAGACACCUUCUUCCCCAAAAGGAAGCACAAGGUGGCCCUGUUGAUUGCCUUCUAUGCCGUUUGGAUUAUGAGUUUUACCCUAGUCUUGCAUAAGAGUGCUUUCUCGGCAGACGUUCCAGGCUACGGCCCCCCCGUGAGGAUCGGCUGUACCCAACGCUUCUGGAACGACGGCAAUGGAUGCGGCCUCAAUGGCGACUCCUGUCGCCCAUUUGAGAACGCCACCAUGGCUUUCCGCUGUCCUGCCAACUGCCAGCGCGUGCAGCUGCUGAAUCCGCAUGCUGUGGGCGAUUACGUUGCAAACUAUCGCCAGCUGGUCAUCGGGGGACCCACAGACAAAGAAGGAACAUUGGAGAAUACGUACUACCGCGCCGACUCAUUCAUUUGCGGCGCUGCUAUUCACGCCGGCUUCAUCAGUGACAGGUCGGGUGGGUGUGGCGUUGUCCAGCUGGUCGGCGAAAGGAACAAGUACGCUGCGGUGAAUCGCAAUCACAUCAAGUCAAUCGGCUUCGAUUCGUACUUUCCCAAGUCCUUCUCCUUCCUGCACGGCACCUCUGCCCAAUGCCGGGACCUGCGCUGGCCGCUCCUAGGCGUCAGUUUGACUUUCACAAUCCUGCUGUCCCUGUUCACCACCGCACCCUCUGUGUUUUUCCCCUCCAUCUUCCUGGGUAUAUUCUUCCACGUCGCACUCGCCUCGGAUCCCCCAAGCUUGACCGACUAUUACGCUCUCGUAUCCAUCUGCCUUGGUCGCUUACUACCAGCGAGCUUUUGCAUGUACGUUGUGUACCGCUUCGUCGUCGCUCGCACCUUGCGUCAUCUCGACGCGCAGUUUGAGAAGACAAUUCUCUGGUUGGGCGGCUGUUGGGUUGGCGCCCUUAACAACUACACCUUCGACAAAAUCCCCCUUGAGCGCUUAACACCUCAUGACUUGCAAAACCAGCCUGGCGCCAUUCCCGCCUUAAUCACUGUUGUUCUGUGCCUUUUCUUCAUUGCCUUGUUGCAAGCCUGGUGUCUGCGCAUCGAGGGCCGAUUGCCCAAGUACCUGGGCAUCUACGGCAUAUUCGUCGGCUCUCUGCUACUGCUUGUCGCGGUUCCUAAGAUGAAUGUCCGCAUCCACCACUAUAUCCUUGGACUGCUGCUCGUUCCAGGGACGUCCAUGCAGACCCGACCUUCCCUGCUGUUCCAAGGUAUUCUGGUCGGCCUAUUCAUCAACGGCAUCGCGCGCUGGGGCUUCGAUUCCAUACUCCAGACACCCAACGAACUGCGCGGCGAUGGGCCCAUUAGUAGUCUGCUUCCAGUCAUCACCGCCCCCAUCGUCCACAUGAACCACAACCUGCAUCUCAAGCCCAAUAUCACCUUCGAGUGGGCAUUGCCCUUCCCUAAGCACUAUGAUGGUCUUAGCAUUCUGGUCAAUGACGUUGAAAGAUAUCGCGGCUACGCUGACAACGGACUCGAGAGCUGGACAUGGGUUAGGCAUAUGAUGGACAUUCCCGAGUAUUUCCGUUUCGCAUAUCUCGACGGUGGAGCGCGAGGUGAUUACACCAAGGCAGGCACGUGGAGUGCGCAGGGAGGCUGGACAGACAUGGCAUCGGGACCAUCCUAGAGCAGCGCGCGCACUGUAGAAAGUGUAGCACAUCGUCUAGAAAAGUACUGCAUUGGUAGCCAGAAUGACGUAGUGUUGUAUUCGUCCGCAAUCAGCCACCCCUUGUCUCGCAAGGUGGGGCCUGUGCUAAGACCUGAUUACAACAUCAACUUGCUGACGAACUUCUGACCGG